AUAAAAUUGGUUUGAGUCUUUGUCUCUGACGUCGUUUGGUGGAAGAAUCUCGUCCUCUUGUCUCUGAGUCGUGUCCCCAGCGGCUGGUCCUCUGGACUGGUCUCAGCACCAUGGACCUGGACCGGCUGGACGCUUCAGGCUUUUCUCACAUCUGGACGCUUCUGGACGUGGACGAUCACGGUUACAUCGAAGCGACGCAGCUCGACGACUUCUUCCGUCGCGUGUUGGAGAAACUGGGAAAGAAGAGAGAAGAGAUCACUGAGCUCAACAUCCGGCGACUGAGAGAAAGGUUCAUGUCGGCUUCUGACGUCUCAUCCGUCGGACGUCUGCAGAUCCAAGAGCUCGCAGCCAUGAUGCUGCCGGAGGAGGAGAAGUUCCUGCUCCUGUUUCACAGAGAGACGCCACUGGACGACAGCGUGGAGUUCAUGAGGAUCUGGAGAAACUACGACGUGGACAGCAGCGGCUUCAUCUCAGCCGUCGACCUGAAGGGCUUCCUUCAGGAUCUGUUCGUCCAACACAGGAAGUCCGUCCCCGCUGAGAAGCUGGAGGAGUACACUGUCUCAAUGAUGAAGAUGUUUGAUAAGAACCAAGACGGCCGAUUGGAUCUGAACGACCUGGCCAGAAUUUUGGCUCUGAAAGAAAACUUCUUGCUGAAGUUUAAGAUGGACGCCUGCGGUCAGGACGACAGGAAGAGGGACUUUGAGAAAAUAUUCGCUCACUACGACGUCAGUAAGACGGGUGCGUUGGAGGGUCCUGAGGUAGAUGGAUUUGUCAAAGACAUGAUGGAGCUGGCGAAGCCCAGCAUCAGUGGCACGGACCUGGACCAGUUCAGGAAAGCUGUGCUCGGCCACUGUGACAUCAACGGAGACGGAAAGAUCCAGAAGAACGAGCUGGCUCUCUGCCUCGGCCUGAAGCUCAGCUAAUCUUCACCGCCUGUCCUUCCUCUCCUCUUCCCUCCUCUUCCUCCUUCUCUCUUCCUUCCUCCAUCUCUCUGUUGCUUCCUCUCCUCUUCUUCCCCCUCCUCCUUCUCUCUUCCUUCCUCCAUCUCAUUGUUGCUUCCUCUCCUCUUCCCUCCUCUUCCUCCUUCUCUUUUCUUUCCUCCAUCUCAUUGUUGCUUCCUCUCCUCUUCCCUCCUCUUCCUCCUUCUCUCUUCCUUCCUCCAUCUCUCUGUUGCUUCCUCUCCUCUUCCCUCCUUUUCCUCCUUCUCUUUUCUUUACUCCAUCUCUAUGUUGCUUCCUCUCCUCUUCCCUCCUCUUCCUCCUUCUCUUUUCUUUCCUCCAUCUCUCUGUUGCUUCCUCUCCUCUUCUUCCUUCUCCUCCUUCUCUCUUCCUUCCUCCAUCUCUAUGUUGCUUCCUCUCCUCUUCCCUCCUCUUCCUCCUUCUCUUUUCUUUCCUCCAUCUCUCUGUUGCUUCCUCUCCUCUUCCCUCCUCUUCCUCCAUCUCUUUUAUUUUCUCUAUCUCAUUGUUGCUUCCUCUCCUCUUCCCUCCUCUUCCUCCUUCUCUUUUCUUUCCUCCAUCUCUCUGUUGCUUCCUCUCCUCUUCCCUCCUCUUCCUCCUUCUCUUUUCUUUCCUCCAUCUCUCUGUUGCUUACUCUCCUCUUCUUCCUUCUCUUUUCUUUCCUCUAUCUCUUUGUUGCUUCCUCUCCUCUUCCCUCCUAUUCCUCCUUUCUUCCCCUUCCUCCCACAGUGUAUGUCCUUAUUUACGCCUAAAAGCAAACAGUUUUAUAUAUUUUUCUGUCUUAAAUAUUUGAAGAGAAGUGAUGAAGAUUAUAAAUAUCGAUCGAUGUCAUAACCUUGUGUCCUGAUGUGCAGCUGGUGACUUG